GCCCAGCGUGCCUUUCGCGAAGGCGACGCUCAGCUCUCGCGCCUCGCCCACGAGAUGGCUCUGGCGCCAGAGAACCACAAGGGAGGGGGUCAAUACAUCAAGGCCGCCGUGUUUGGUGGACUGGAUGGCAUCAUCACAACGUUUGCCGUCGUCGCCUCUGUCACCGGUGCCAAUCUUUCAGCUGGUGUCGUCAUUAUCAUGGGCUUUGCCAACUUGCUAGCCGAUGGCCUUUCCAUGGGCGUGGGCGAGUAUCUCUCUGGUGUCUCAGAGCUGCAAUUUGCGCAGGCCGAGCGCCAGCGCGAGGAAUGGGAGACUGAAAACUAUCUCGCUGGCGAGGUGCAAGAAAUGGUGGAGCUUUACAUGGAAAAGGGCGUUACAGAAUCAGAUGCUCGCCAAAUCCUGGAUGUCAUGGUCAAAUACAAGGACUUUUUCGUUGAUCACAUGCUUGUUCAAGAACUGGGCAUCAUGCCUCCGGAUGAGAGCGAGUCGCCCGCCAAGAAUGGCCUGGUCAUGUUCUGCUCUUUUGUUGUUUUUGGCCUCGUCCCUCUGCUAUCCUACCUUGCCCUCUCCACGGUCGACUUUGGCAGUGAGAGCGAGAACGACAAUGCUCUCUUUGGCAUUGCUUGCGGCCUCACAGCCAUGGCCCUCUUUGUGCUUGGCGCCAUCAAGAGUCGCUUUUCCACGCAAACGUGGUAUUAUUCGGGUCUCAUGGUUCUGGUCAACGGCAGCAUUGCUGCUGGCGCCGCUUUUCUCAUUGGCUAUCUUCUUGAGAAGCUGGUUGACACGGACGAGUAA